CCAAUCACUUUCUACGGACAGCAGAAGGCCGAUCUACAAUAAAUAACCAAUGCAUAGAAAGUGAAGCGCGCGCGAUGACUGGCCGGCAUUGCUCGCAGCAUCUCUGCGAGUGAUAAAAAGCCGGGAUAAGUAAAACUGGCGCGCCUUCGUCAAAUUCAAGGACUGCACGUUAUAAAAAAAAAUAAUAAACGCUGGACUGGAUGAGGCAAUCCCUGUGGCAUGUGCGCUCCUGCGAAGGUGCAUCUUCGCAUCACUUCCUUGAGCGCUAGUUCUUACACUUCGAUCGGCCAGUGAGUGGGACAAUUGUUUGUAAUAAACGCCCAGCGAGCGAGUUUGCCUCUUUGUGAGUGAGACGAAGAGCAAAAAGCAGGAAAGAAAGUGUUGGCAAACGUUCAAGUCUGCACAACACAAAUAUGUAAUCUUUGCAUCCGUGAGCGCAAAUAUUUCGAGUAAAGCUCUUUUGUAUUCCUGAGAGCCGCAGACUGGAGAGGCGAAAUUUGGGCCUUGUUUACCGAGUUGAGCGUGCCUAGUCAUGAGAAUUAUUUAUUCUUGACGAGCUACCUGUACCUGUGCCUGGCAGCCGCCGCCGCCACCGCGAGAGAGGUGCGCGCAUCCUCCUCUGCACACAGCUCGCGGAGCACAACAAACUCACGUGCGGCGAAACCCGCGAGCAGACGGCCUUUGUUCGCCGCGGCGGCCUCAUCAUGCUCCUCGUCUGCGGCCAGCACGUCGCGAUUCUCUCGCUUAUGUGCUGCUCUCUUCUCCCAGUGAUUAUUGAGGCUGGCCACAUUGUCGGCGAAGGAGCCGUCCCACUGAACGUCGUUGGUUCCUUGAGCCCAAUCCACGAUGCACUGCUGACCUUUGACCCCCGAAUGUCCGCUGUGGUCCUUCCCCUUUCCUCUCCUAGCUACGUCUUCAGCCCUCCCAGGGUAUACAUAGCUGACCCUGAAACCCUGCGGAAGUUUUCGAUUCCUUCAGAGCCAGUGGCGCCGAGACGACCCUUCAGCAAAGGAAACGCGAAGCCAUCUCUGGCCACGGUAAAUAAAGUGCCUCCAGUUCUUCCGUCUAGUCCCACAUUCAGGACGAAAGGAAACAGCAGUCCCGCCGCGUCCGAGGCCAAUUUCCCUUCGUCGCAGGGCAGAAGUAACAAGGGUAGGACGAACCACGUCAGUAGCUUCGACGACGGAGAUUCUGCGGUCCGACAGAUCAACGCAUACCACAAACCAGUGUCCAUUCCUGCGUCGGGAAGGGCGCACUUCGUGCAGCACAACUUGGACGGCACCUAUCACUUUGGCUAUGACACUGGAUCUGGUGAACAUCAGUCUUACAGAGAAGAAAAGCGCUUUCCAGGUGGUCGAAUUGAAGGAAAAUAUGGCUACGUUGAUCCUGAAGGAGUUCUCAGGGUGGUUGAAUAUGUCGCAGACCAAAGAGGAUACAGGUCUCGAUUGACAACGCAAAAUGUAAACAGCGGAUUCUCAGUCCCCUUCAUUGGACCGAUACCACCUCCAUUGCUUGCGAGAGCCAGAAGUGCAGCAAACGCUGGAAGAUGAAGACAACAGUUUUUGUGCACCUUUUGUGCCAAAAUGUGAGAUCUCGAAUGACUACACGAAAAAUCAAAUACUUUUGGUCGGAAUGGAUUAUUUUGCCAUAUGGUUUGCUCACGCUAUUAUUUAUUAGUUUUAAAUUAAAAAGUCUAGUUUGUAAAGUAUGCUUCGAGGGAAGUGCCUGAAUCGCAAAAAUGGAAAUGUGUGUGCUUGAAGCGCAAAAUAAAAAGCAGGGAUUUGAGUGACUUUAUA